AUCACAAAAUCAGUUAUUGCCCUGCUCCAGACAUGCUAUGCACGUGGAUUUCAACAGUUGCCGGAGGAAUAGUGGUGCUGUGUGUCUCCCUGAAGAUCUUUCUCCCCUAUUUCUGGGCAGACCUGAUCUAUUUCUUGAGAUGGAAGAAGUCAAAGGCAACAGUAAAAAAGUGGGCAAAAAAUGGAAUUCUCUCCAUAAUUGACCUUUUCAGGCAGACAGUGGAAAAAAAUCCCCACAAGCCAUUCCUUAUCUAUGAAGGGAUGGUGUACACUUACCAGGAUGUGGACAGGAGGAGUAACAGGGUAGCACAGGCCUUCCUGCACUAUGGGAAUCUGAAAAAAGGUGACACUGUGGCCCUGCUGAUGGGUAAUGGACCUGACUUCAUCCAUGUCUGGUUCGGACUAGCCAAGCUGGGCUUCAUCGUGGCCUUUCUCAACAUCAAUAUCCGCUCAAGAUCUCUCCUGCACUGCAUUAAUACAUGCGCAGCAAAAGCACUGGUCAUAGGAGAAGAUUGUUUAGGAUCAAUAGAGAAAGAAUUUAUUUUGAAUCUCUUGGAAAAUAAUGUUGCUGUCUGGCUGAUGAGUGCCAGUUCUCCUUUCCAGCAUGUUCACACCCUACCAGACAAACUAGACAAGGUGUCUGAUAAUCCUACUCCAUCUCAUCUUAGAGCUGUCACUGACACAAGAAACACAGCUCUGCAUAUCUUCACAUCAGGAAGUACAGGUUUCCCAAAAGCUACUAUCAUCACUCAUCACAGAACUCUGGUUGCCUCCUUAGCAUUUACUCAGUGUGGUGUGGUUUCUCAGGAUAUUGUAUAUGUUACUCUUCCCUUGUACCACAUCAGUGCUUCUCUUCUUGGUGUCAGUGGAUGCAUUCAGUUAGGAGCGACCUGUGUUUUGAAGAAGAAAUUUUCUGCGAGACAGUUUUGGAAUGACUGUAGGAAAUACAAUGUUACCGUGUUUUUAUAUAUAGGAGAACUCUGCCGCUAUCUCUGCAAUCAGCCCUGUAAAGAAGAGGACAGAGUUCAUGAAGUGCGCAUUGCCCUUGGAAAUGAAGGAAGUCUUGGUUUCCUGAACUACACUAAUAAAAUAGGAGCUGUGGGCCGUGCUGGCAUUUUCUCAAAGCUUCUACAUUCUUUUGAGUUGUUGAAAUAUGAUGUCUGGAAAAAAGAGCUUAUAAAAGAUGAAAAUGGAAGGUGUAUGAAAGCACCCAUAGGUAAACCUGGUCUUCUAGUUUUUCAAUUUACUGAGGAUGGCCCAUUUUCUGGAUAUGUUGGAAAUAAAGAAGCCUCAGAGAAGAAACUCCUGCGUAAUGUGUUUGUGGAAGGAGAUGUGUAUCUUGACACGGGGGACCUCCUAGUGAUGGAUGAGGAUGGGUUCCUCUACUUCACUGACCGGGUGGGAGACACUUUCAGGUGGAAAGGAGAAAAUGUUGCCACUUUAGAAGUCGCAGAGACCAUUGGUAUGAUGGAUUUUGUCCAAGAAGUUAACGUUUAUGGUGUAAGCGUAAAAAAUUAUGAAGGAAGAACAGGGAUGGCAGCUAUUGUGCUUAAACGUUACCACAACUUUAAUGGAGAAAGACUUUAUAAGCAUGUUGAGGACUUCCUUCCAAGUUAUGCCCAACCACGCUUUGUGAGAAUCAUGGAUGUUAUGCAAAUUACUGCAACUUUCAAGCAUCAGAAAAUGCAUCUGGCAAAUGAAGGAUUUAAUCCAGAAAUUAUAUCUGAACCUCUGUAUUUUAUGUAUGAACCUGCACGUUCCUAUAUUCCUUUGACAAGAGAGAUAUACCAGAAGGUGGUUUCUGGUGAAAUACGUUUAUAAAGCAUAGAUAUAAAAUUACUCUAUAAUACAGAAAAUUUCAGAUAUACUCCUGAUACCAUUUCAGCAGGAGCCACUACGCAGUAUUUGCUAUAAAAAUACAAGAUAUUCAAAUUAAUCUUAUGGUAUUAAUCUUAUGUCACUUCCAAAGAUACAGACACAAUAGCUAUGUGCAUUGUGUAGGCUGCACUGCAUCUGCUCAUAAGAUUUCCUCACACAUGGGUUGACAUAUGCUGACAAAAUUUUUAUUUUACAUUUCUCACUGAUUAAAAUUAUUUUUGUCUGAGCCACCAUUAUCUUAACCUAGAUGAAUAUUUUACACACCUACAUUUUAUUCUGACUCUGCUUUUAAAAUGAAUAAAUUAUUAGACCAAUAAUGUCCUAGGCAUUAAUAAAGUCAGCCAUCAGAAACAUAAGCAAAACACUGCAUAAGCACUGCACGUAGACCUCAGUUCAACGUUUGAUAAUUAUACAAUGUAAUAUUUAAUUGCUGUAUUUUAUGUGAUGCUCAACUUCACACUUUUAUGGAAAAUAAACAUUCAGUGGUGAAAUAUACGUGUAGUAUGUACAUUAUUUUCCACAAUUUACACCAGAACACAGAUUAUUUGCAAAAAUUCACGCUUGAUGGUACAUUAUCUCUUCUUUUACUUACCAGUUGUCAUAUUCCUGAAGCUGAGUUCUCAUGAAAAUGGGACAAAAUUUACUAUAGCUUCUAGCUUUUACUGGAAGUGAACACCUAGAAACUCCUUUAAAAGGAGCUAGAAAGUUUCAAAGGCAGAAUCAGAUCAGAGAAUAUAACAUUAGCAUACCUGCUGGAUGUACGUUCCUUGAGUAUACAUAUCUGGUUUCAUUUAAAAAUCAAACAAGUCUGCACUUAUGUGAGGGAAAACCUCCCUACAGUACAAUUCCCUGAAUUCAUGUGACCUUUUGCCUGGAUUAAUAAAAUGUCUGUACUAUAAAGCUACAGCUCAUCCCAGUUAGAGACUUACAGACUUGCAUGAUUUCCCCAAGCAUUAGACUUAUUUUUUUCUUGGUUUUCAGUAUGUGCUAUUACUACCACUGCUAACUCUGCUACUACCACCAUAAUGCGUGACACAUGGUAACUGACCCAAACACCUUUGGUGCAUUGUAGAGCACAGGACACAAGCAGCCCCACACCAGAACAGCUCAUCACCUAAAGUAAGGAACAAUUUAACUAACAAAGAAACUCUGUUAUGAUCACAAAGGUCCAACCCCCUUGGUGAUACCAUGUAUCUCUCAGGAUCCUCUGCCAUUCCAUAUCAGGAGAAGUGUGUGUGACAGAAGCAGAUGCAGCUUGAGAUCUGGAAGGCAGUAAGUGUGUGCAGAACUGGACAGAUGGCACCCAGCAUACCAGACACACCCAGGGCACACAGACGUCUCCUAUGAGACAUAAGGUUUCUGAGCUUGGAGUGAGAGCAAAACUGCAAAUAAAAACCUUUUCUUUUAAGAAUUGUCCAUUUGUGGACUAGAAAGUGUAGUGAAUAUAAUACAGGUUUAAGGAAGGCCCAAGGAAUUUCAAUGGUUUAAAUACAUUAUGGGACUCUAUAGCACCCCAAAAAUCUCCUUUGACUGAGGCAGUAAACUUCUUAUGUCCUGCCCAGUUUCUGGGAAUCCUAUUACCAAGAAAGGAAGGGAUUGGUUAUUCAUGACUGUUGAAUACAGCGGUUUCUCCAACUACUUCUACUGUGGUCUUCUAACAUGUGAAACAAUAGUGCUCACCUGGAACUCUUCUUAUAAGCUAACACGUAAUUUCCAAAAUGUCAAUAAUUUUCAAAACAUGACAUAAUAUUGAGACAGCUCUGAAUUGGCUACUAUAAAUAAAAUACUUGUAUUUUUCCUACCACCUAAAGAUUUAUAUAACUAUGCAUACAUAUAACACUUAAACAUGUAGAACAUUAAACUUUAUGAGGACUAUCCCUAUAUAACUGCUGUUACCAAUACACUUAAUUAAGUUUACAACAUUUACAAAGCUCCAAAAGCCUCAGAAAAAAAGUGUCAUUGUCUCCCUUUAUUUGUAUUAAGGAGAUGUACAACAAACUACUGUCCUACUGCCUGUUAUUUCUUUUCUCCUUCAUCCUUUUAAUUUAAUUCCUUUAAUUUAAUUCCUUUCCAACAUUCAUUCUUCAGAAACGGUUAAAAUAGAGCACAAGACAACAAUCACAUUUACCAGGAUCUAAGCAGGAGAUGGUUGAGGAAUGGGUCUCUUACACCACAAAACUACUGUGGUUUCAAGAUCCAGAAGAAAUGUCCCAUGCAUGUGCAGAAAAGGACAGCUACCUAUAAGUCUUAAGCACCUAAAUACUUUUCUUCCUCAUCUGUUGUUAUAAGUUGCUUUUUGGGCUUUCAAUGGAGUAAUUCCCUAUCUUAAUUUCCACAGAACAGGAGAAAAGGAUGUGAAAAGAAAACUAAGAAAGUGAACAACUAUUUUUGCUACAGAAUUUUAAAAAACUAAAAUUUUAGAAUAUAACCCAGUUAUACCAGUUGAUUAAGUAGUCUCCCAUAAGGAAGACUCAAUUGGAGAAAUCAAUGAGAGGGAAGAAAAAGAGCAGCAACAUUAAAUGAAAUAUGGCUUUAAUGCUGAUCAUGUACUCAUAAGGCUCUCCAAGUUUACAACUCAAUCCUAUGAGGGACUAUUCCUCUCUGGAAGGGCAAACUUUUUCAAUGUUAAAGCCCUGGAUUAAAUGUUCCACAAAGCAGAAUAUGCCUGCUAGUUUCCUAUGUUACUCUAUUUUGAGACAAGACACAGAAUUAAGCUUUCAUAUUUGACAUCUAUUAAAAAAUAAAUUGAGAUACUAUUCUCUGCAUAGUAUAAUAAGAGGUAUAAUGUUAUAUAUUUACUAUAUAGAGUAAAUACUAAAUUUAAAUAAAUAGCUGAUACUUCAAAAUUUACUAUAAAAAAAAGAAAACCACAAACCACCAACAAUCUCUUACAUCUAAAAUGCUUUGUGUAAGUCAAGUUCUUUAUUUUCCCUCAAAAAUUUGAAGUAUUUCACUUCUCUGGUGCUUAUGCUACUAAAAAAGCAUUGUAGUUCCCUAAGGUAUAUUAGUCAGGUUCAGAGUUAAUGCAAAUAUACAUACAUGUAAUAUUGUAUUAUCUGGAUAUUAAAAGGAUUAAUGUCUCAAACCUCUUUAAAAUGAGGGGGUUUUAGUUGUUUGUUUUUUGGUUUUUUUUUUUACAUUAAAAAACAUUUCAGUAGUUGGUGUAUGUUUCUUUGCUACAAUGAGAUGUCAUAGGGAAAUUUUUCAGUUUUAUCUAAACACAUUUUUUUAAAAAAACUUCACUCUGAAUUUCACCAGAGGAAAAUUAAACUCCUUUAUACUUAUUGGGUCAUACCAUACUCCAAGGAAUCAAAUUGUUUUGAAGGCAAAUUCAGUAUAAUAAUUACAGCACAAUAAAUAAUUCAUGGCACUGUAGUAUGAGUUUAUGAGUUCUACAUAUGUCAAGAAUAAAAUAGAUUCCAGAUAAUGGCAUGUAACAAGAAGCCAAAACACAGAUACAUUUCUUGUUAUACUUUGGGGCUUUACUUACUUAAAAACAAAUAUCACUACAUUUAAAAUAUAAGAGGUUUUAGAGACCUUUUAGGGAUAGCCUUUAGUACAUCCUUAUAAAGGUUUCUUCACAAUUUGAAUUUGCCACUUGCAAGUAUGUGUUAUGUUAGCAAUUUCAAUCUCAUAAUAGCACACAAUUUUCCCCAGACUUCUUGUCUUAUUCAGUGUGGCAUGUGGCAACUUGAACUUGCUUAACAGUUCAGUAGCCUGUGUUGCACAUAUUGACCCAUGCACACAGCUAAUUUUAUCUUCCCUGAUGAUAGUAAUUAUUUUACAUUAAUUGAAAUCAUUCAUUUCUCUGUAAGCCCAUCAAAUCCCAUGCUACUUACUUAAAAAAUAUUAAUAAAUAUGCAUACAUCUGCUUUGGAUAAAAGCCCUGAAAGUAUAGAGAACAAAAGUACUGAAGGCAAAUUUAACUUAUCUCCUAACUAUAGGGGCUAAACCAGCUACCUAAACGGAGGCAUCUUAGUACCCUUAGGAUGCAUGAUGCUUUUAAGUCCCACUGCACACUUCAGUUUCUUUCACUUCAGUAUGAGCACUGCAUGAAAAAUCAAGAUUGAAGGAAAGACUUCAGUGAGAAUGUCACAAGAGUAGGUACUUCUAAAUGCUGGUUAUGGGAGAUAAGUGUAGAAUUGCCCUUCAGCUUCCUGAAAAUUUCAGCCUUGAGAUAUAUUUUGAAAGAGACCUAUAUACAGACAAAAAUAAAACUGUUUAAGUAUGAACACUGAAUUUAUUUUAAAAUAUACUUUUUAGAGCGAUGAAUACUAUUAAAUACUGGAAAUUAUCAGUAAGGCAAAAUGAACACAUAGUCCUCAUACCUGGGUGAAUAGCAUAUCAGAAAUAAAUAGUAUUACAUCAGAAGGGAUGAAUCUAGAAAAUUACUACUUUCUCACAUUUAAAAAUAAGUUAUUAGACUUCUACUACAAAACAUUUUAAACUGCCAUAAGAUUAUUUUUAAUUAUUAACUUCUAAUAACUUACAAGGCAUAUUACACUUUAGGCAGCUAAAUAACAUCACAAAAAAUCAGUCUUACCUAUUUAGUAACAAAAUAAUUCUGAAUUUUAAGACUUUGAUGUUUAUUUACAAUAAGGUAUUUGAAGCCAUAAAAUACACAUCUAUGUGAGAUUAACAGUAGGAGGUUUUUAAGAAUGCUUAGAUGUAUAGGUUAUUGGACGUCACUAAAACUAUUUGAAUGAGCCACAAAAAACGUAAGUAUUUCUAUUGUUUCUACUACAUGAAAAAUAGACACACAAAAUAACAUCAGCUAAAAUUCUCAUUGAGUGCUUGAAAGUGUGACAGGACAUGUGCAUGCAGCUGACCGUUCUAGAAGGACUUAUUUCAGUUUUUCUUGGUCCACCUAAUUUCAAGUGUACUUUGUCCCAUUAAUACUUGUCACCAGUUGUGGAGAUGUUCCUCAUGGAGCAGAAAUCUUUUUCUUCCUCUCUUAGGUUUGAAUGAAUGCUAUGUGUGAAUCAUCUGCUGAAGGUAAAUGGGCCUCUCUCAAAGUUAUUAAGGUUCAUUUUCACUACAACUUUGAGAAACAAAAAGCAUAAUACAAAUUCUUCUGUUGGCGCAUGAAAGUGCCCAGUGAUUCUGCUCCUUCCUAUUCCAGUAUGUAUGCAGGUCAAACUCAACUGUAUUUCUACAAUUUUGAACAAAAACUAAACCUUCUCAGUUCAAACUUAAUGACAAAAUGGAAGAAUUGAUUGUAUGUAGUGUUGUUGGUUUUCUAUUCUCUAAACCCAAAUCACAGAACAGUAUCACAUAACACCUUAGAAACUUGGCAGAAUUAACUAGAAGAAGAGUUUAAAAUUUUUGUUCCACUCUUCGUUAUCUUAAUCGUAUUCUUUUUAAUGCAGUAGGUGUCCAGAGUGAGUGAGUGAGUGAGUGAGAGGGAGAGAGUUUGGGCUAUAGUUUCUUAUACUAUUUUUUGCUAACAGUGAAUUUUUAGGAAUUUUUCCAGGUUGACUUCCAUUUUUCUGACUUACAGUAAGGCAACCAAGAUUAUUUUAGCUGAACAACUGAUGAACUGCAUUAAUCCUUCUGGUUUACUCCUGCAAUAGUCAGGAAGUAUUUUCUGAUCUUUAUUGUUGCUUCACACACCCAUUAACUCAUGUCGUGUAUCUAAUUCUGAAUUCUAUUACUGUUCUGUUGUGCGGAGUCUAAAAAAGAGCAGAUGUUCCUUGUUGGUAGGGGAACCAACAUUCAUUUUUAAAACAGACAGGUAAAACCCAUACAGCAGCAGUACAUAUUUGAAGCACUUUUAUGAGUGAAUGAAUAACCUUGUGAUCCAAGCAGAAAAGGUAAAAAAAUUUCAUAGAAUCUGGCUCUGCAAAAGAUACCAAAUGUGGCAGUCCUAGCUUCAAAAAAGAAUUGCUGUAGGCACAUGAAAGCAUAAAUGUUUACCCAAAACACAGAAACAUGACCAUGCUAUUCUUUUUCUACAUGUCACUCUUCUGAGUUCUGUCUCAAAUGUGCCUACAGGUGGAAUACCUCCAGCUGUAAUCUGGACAAAUCUCUCUAGCCACUUGGAACCAACUUUCACUUAGGAGGCUUCAAAGCAAACUACUGUUGCAGAACAAGGUGAUGAUUUCCUUUGCUAUUAAUCUGUUUUUAGCUUGUGCUGUAGUAGAAUAUCAGGAUAUGACAGACCAGCAUCAUUUUUUUCUAGAAUGAAAUUGGAGUCAUCCUGUGAGAUAUAUUCCUGCACAGAGAAAAAAACCCAAAACAACAAAACAAACAAUUCCACAAUAUACAAUACAAAUAUCUAUGAUCAGACUGAUAUAUCCCAGUUGAGUCCAGAAAAAAAAUCAUAGCUGAGAAAACAGUACUGAUUGAAGGUAUGUUUCUACAGAUAGAUUAGCACAGGUAGUAUGGGCAGAUUUGGGGACUGAGAACUUAAUUUUUCCAGUCCAGAAUUGCAUUAAAUUAGACUAGUGGUGUUUCUUUGUCACCCAUUUUGUGUGCUUCCAUGGAGGUAUCUGAAAAAAAUAAAGGAGGUCUAAAAAAUAAUGUAUUCAUAGUGCCGUCAGACCAAGCCAUCUACACCUACACCUCAUCAGAAAUGAGAUCUCUGUGACUAUUUGGAAAGGUAUUACUGUCUUCCCGUUAACAAAUUCUGUAGCCAUUUUCAAGUCUGGUACCUAAGAUUUCCAAGAACAACAAAGAGUUUUAGUGCUGGAAUAGACUGAAUGGGCAGAGCACAACAGUAGCUUCUUAAAUUAAUUAAGCCUUAGCUCAAGAAAUGGUACAGUGUGAUCAGUUUCUUGGUUUCCAGAAAUAGAGGAGAUGAGCUAGAUGUAUGACAAAGUAGUCAUAAAGUAGAUAAAGUCGCAGGAAUCAAUGUGACAUUAAGGCAGAGCCUGGCCUGAACGGGAUUUUUUAAAAGAAGGUGUUUAAGUGAAAGAAAAUCACAUAGAAAUGCCCAAAGAAACAAACACCAACCAACCAACAAGAAAGUACACAUAAUUGGUAAAACCAGCUCAGUAGGACUGAGUACAGUUUUGUCUUUAAAAAUCCAUAAGAGCAUAACAAUAAUCUAAUGAAGUGGUUCAUCUGGAGUAAAUGCUCCAUUUAUAGAAUAUGGUUACUUUACAGUACCCUCUGAUCUGUGAUUCCAUAAAAAUUUCAGAUUCACACAUCAUGAACAGGGAACUUCUACAUGUUUCACUUACAACCACAAGAGCUACAGACUGAACUUUUUAAACAGAGACUUACAGAAUCCUCAAGUAAAGCAUGGUAGUAGACAUCAGAGUAGAAAAAAGUACAACAAAGCAGUUCAACAACAAGACAUGAGUAAGCAUUUGUCUUUACAUAAGACUUGUUUUAAGCAAGGACCAGGUGCAGGGGGUGCAGAAGAGAUGAAGUCUCCAAACUGGCAGUGUUCCCAUGAAGGCAAGAAACUCUGUUAUUAAUUAAUUCGUUCUGCAACAUUUUUGCAAUAACCUGUCAUACUUUCCUGAGUAAAAUUUUAACUGACAAGUUAAAGAUCUUUAUAUGACUAAACCCAGUCAUUUGCGGUUUUCAUUCAGCAGUGGUUCAAAGGCCAAGGAUAAACAUUUUACCUUAUCAUGACUGAUUAUCUUUGUAACUUUGUGAGGCUGUUUUGGGGGAACCUCUAGUUACAUUACUAGAAGUAAUACUCUGCACAGGUUUCAGUAGGAAAAUCUGCUGUAUCACAACUGCUCAUUCUACAAAGUUUUAGACAUUAAAAAACAUUAAAAAUUGUUUUAAAUAGAAAAAAAUGUAAUUCCACUCCUUUUGUUGGCAAGAGAAGUGUACAAAUUGAGUCAUUUAAAAAUUUAUACCUGAUUGUAACAUUAAAGGCUGUCACUUAUGAAGCAUAUUAAGACCACCUGCUUGUGUACAUUCCCCUCUGCAGGUGGCUGGCAACUAUUACAGAAAACAACAAAAGCUGCUAAAGGAGUAAAUAUUAAAGCCAGGGGGCAGGGGGCCUGUACUUCAUCUUAAAAAAAGUCUUUAUUUUUACUUGCAAGGCUUUAGAUGUUCUUGAAAUUGUAUUCUUCACUGGUAGUUAAUCUGUUCUUAAUAUAACAAGACAAGGAGCCUAUUUUAUUGCUUUUUUAAAAAUAUAUAUUAAAACAAUUACCUUAUCAGGACCAAGGUUGAUUUUAAGCGUAAUUCAGCUAUGCUUUUGGUUUAGUUCUUCACACUCACAACCAGGGUUAAAUUUUUAAAACUACACAGAAAUUAAACGAAACAUAAGCCAGGGUAAAGUAGAUUAAUGCAAAGAAGAAAAAUGAGAACUACCAUAUAUUACAUAGAUUUUAGAAAUCUCUGACAACAGAAUGGAGGAUGUCCAACUGCAGGUAGACACCAGAAAGAGAGGGGUCUUUACUUCAGCUAAGAUUUUGGAGUAAAGUGAAACACAUUCCUUAAAACUAUAUGGCUGUCCAAUAUACCAUCAACUACUUGACACUUUUUCAGAGCAUGCCAAAUGACCUGUGUCUAAAAGGGGAAAAUAACUUUAGGAUUUACACAGCAGUGGGGAUAGAAGAAUGGAAAAUGUGAGUACUGCUCAACUCAACAAAAUUAAGAUCAAACAUCCCUUAGACUAUUCCUUGUUUAUGUUUAGAGAUGAGACCAAGUAGGAUACUCUGUAAGGAUUUGUUCAAUAAUAGUAAUGAGAAAAUAUGAAGCUAGAAAAUAGUCUCUCAAAGCCUGGAGACAAUGAAUUUCUGCAUGACAUGAGAUUGAUGAGAGGUCAUCAGCCAGUUGCUUUGAGUGCUAUGUGUAUAAGCAAGAUAAAAAUGUGUGUGUGCUAGCACAGCUAGGUACAUGUAGAGGCUUGGGAGAGACUUGGACUACACUCUACUCCCAGGGACAUUGAGACAGACUGGGCUGAUGUACGUUUUAAUCUCCUAUGUAGAAAAAUGCAUCUUCAGCAAGAAAGAAAAUAAAAAGCAAAUACAGACAGUAUGUCAGUGAGAGAAAGAAGUUAUUUAAACUCUUAGGACCUUGCCAGUGCAGGAAGCCUUGAAAGACAUCCACAUACUUCCUCUGAAAACAGCUAAGGAAAGCAGAAAAAAAUAAUCAUUCUCCGCAGGAAGGAUGAAACUUACAGGAGAAUGGAAAAGGCAUUUUAAAAAGUCUUUGUGUCUUGUCCUUCACUCUGCUAGUGGAGUAGCUAGUCAUACUACUAAUGCAUACCAAAAUAUUUAACUAAUACAUAGAUACAGCAAAGAAGCUAGUUGAAGCUUUCUUCGAGAAAUCAUGGAGCACUGGGGUGAUCUCUGCAGCCCCUGAAAGCUGGAGAUGAGGCACACCUCUCUACCUGCACUUGGCUUAAGUUCAAAUGGCAGAAUGAGUUAGUGGGACAUACCACACUGAAUAGUACUGGGUUUGGUUUUUUUUUCCAUAUGGUAGUCUGUGAUAAUUUUGCUAACACUCUGACUAUAAAGAUUCACUAAUCUUGUAUUUGCACUGUUAUCUCUGAAAAGGAAGACCUUGAAAUUGUUCUUCUGUAGCCAUUAUUGUUCUUCCCCACUACUUGACUGGCUGGCAUGCUCAGCUGAAAAGGAUUUCAACUCUUCAGAAAGGAUAAAAGCUUAAUAGCGUGGGGAUGAGGUGUCGGGCUCCCAUGUGCUAGAUACUUGCCCUAAUGUAGCCCUUCCUAACAAUCCUGAUUUCUACCUCUCAGAAAAAUUAGCCAGCAACUCUUCAAUCAGACAUCCUCACCAACAUCCAGGUAAAUAUGCUGCACUUGGACCGAGUGACUAAGAUGACUGUUUCCAGUCUCAGGGACCUGAAUGACAGCUUUUCCUUCCUGCCCCACUUACCCUCCUGCUCAAACUACCAUCUUCUCGCUCAUCUUGCUCCACUACUUCUGCAUUGAGGUGACUCCACUGCAGGGUGACUCCAAAGAGGUGCUGUCCAGCUCCUGGAUGCUCUUGUUGCUCACUGAAACUGACUUCAAGUUUUGAGUGUCCCAAUCCGCUCUUCUUUUGCCUCUGACAUCACAGUGAGAGGCAGACACCUGGUCUGCUUGCCCUUAAAGUUCCCCCCCUGCACCACAAUUAGCUGUGGCUGCCAGGAGAAACUGGAGCUGAUAAUAAGAAAGAGCAAAUAAGAAAGCUGGACAUUCAGCUUAAAGGAGAGAAUGGUCCUAUGAACAUAAUUGGCUAAGGCUAUGAACAGUUUUUCACACUAAAUGUCUGUGACAAUUUAUUUCCUUAAACCAAGUUUAAAAGUCAGUGAAGCACAUCAAAUAGAAGUAUUAAAUGUUCAGUAUAGCUUACAGACCAAGAGAGUUAUAUCCCUCCUGAACUCCUUUGCCAUUGCUCGCUCUUCCUUUCAGACCCUCAAUUAUGCAGCACAGGCUGUGACAGCUGACAUUUUGCUGGUGUCAGCAUUUCAGCCUGGGUUUCAUGUCCCACAUUUGCCCUGACAGUCUGCAUCUUUCUUCUGUUUUGUGAAUUAUAUGAAGAAUCCUUCCAGGACUCUGCAAAUUCUCUGGGAUCCCUCUUCAGGGCAGAUGAUAGAAUGAUGACAACAGCAAAAAAGAAAAAAGGCAAAAGUCCAUCACAGUCCUUGCAGUUCAUGAAGAACUGUUCCACAAAUUUCAAAACAUCAACAAAAUCUGCUUUGUAGGUACUCAAGAGUUUCAAGAUGAGGCUCAACAUUCAAUUUUUUUAAUACUGACCUUCUCUUGCUAGAGAUCUCACAUGUGAUUCUUUGUGAAAACAAACAAAAGUGCUCAGUGUGCAUUUGAAGGGAAGUUAGAUGACUUUUUUUUGUACUGUGAUAUUGUCUUAACUUUUUUCCGAGGAAAGAGAGCAUUUGGGUGUGUACCUUGUGCACACAGAUAAAGUUUAUUGGGUGAAAUGCGCAACUCAGGCUGUUUUGCAGAUGAAUACAAAGUCCAAGAGACACGAGGAUAAGAGGUGACCAUUUGGAGGCAUUUUCUCCUGCGAUUUGUACACUGAACUUUUAACUAUCGAACACAAUGUGAACAAUGGAGAAUUUCCUCAAAGGAUAGGUUGUCUUUUGAUAUUUCUCUUGUGUCCAGGUAACAUGCCACUGUACAGUGAAGAAGGCUGCUGCCCACCCUGCUGUGGUGAUUUCAAACUGGCAGACAGCCCAGGUUGCUUUGACAGUAGCAAAAAUCCCAGGGUAUGACCUUGCUGAAGAGCAGUACUGGCAUUUAAGGACUUUAUGACUAUGCUGACUUUUAAAAAUGAAAAGCAGAAAAAAGCCAAAGUGUGAGUGUGAGCUGAAGGCACACAACAAAAUGCCUCUGCACCAUUACCAGAAUAGGCCGGGUUUACUUGAAGCCAAUUUACAACAUGUCACCUUUCCUCCCAUGUUUUUUAAAGCAUCCGUGCUUUUCACAAAACAGUUGACUAGAAAGAACUAUUUCAAUGGAUAGCAGUCUGUAUCAUCAUGCCAAAAUUACCUCAUUGGCUUUGAAACACCUCCAGCAUCUUGCACAUAGAUUUGUGGAGUGAAAAAAAUGUGAUUAAACCAAACGGAUACAACUGGGAAAAGCAGGCUCAGGCCACACAAUCACUCUUCAAUUUUUUCUAAAGUUAAAAAUGUUUGAGGGUUUUGUGUUUCUAGCCUAAGGUUGGAAGUGAGUUGUAUUUGUGUCCCUGUUAGCUUCUCUGCUUCUGAUCAUUCUUAACCUAAUAAAAACCGUAUAGCUGCCCUACCAACCCCCUUUUCCUUAGCCUUAUACCAUCACAGCUAUGAGAAUACAACUGCAAUAUUUGAAACGUAAGACAGGAUCUCCAAAACAUUAAAAACAGCACUCUAACCUACACUUCUACCAGGUCAUUUAAAACAAAGACUCCUCCUACUCAAUUUCACAUAAUUUCAGUUUUUAAAAUUGCUGUUGUCUGAUGACUGUGUACUAUAACCCAUUCUACCACCAGAGAGGAAAAUCCAAGCCACUUACUUUCUUACCAGCUGAUUUGGCUUUCCUUUUACUUGGAACCAUGGAUCUGGAGAAUAAAGCAAGGCAAAGCCACAGCUCUUAAUGGAGGAAGGUAUAAAAGGCUGCAGAUCAGUCUGAAGCCUUUCCUUCCCACAUAAGCAACUACUACAAGAACAUGAAGUGAUUGAGACUGGAGAUAAAGAUAUAGCAUAGAUGGGAUAGGAUGGCAACAGUUCAAUAUAGAUUUCGAAAUAGACUUCGAGGGACAAGAAAGAUGUGUGUGAACAGGAUGGAAAUCAGUGGUUUAGAGAAAUUCUUACUACUUUAUGGAUUUUCUAUGCUGCCUUUGUUAGAGAAUUACUGCACUUUAUUUAACACUUUCCUAGCAUGCUGAGCUCAAGACUUCAGAUAAAGAUGAUGUCAAGAGCAUGGUUCCUAAAAUAUGACAAGGGCAGUUUUUCUAAAGCUUUAACUAUUUUGCAGGCUUUCAGAUGCACACUGCUUUAGGAGAAUGUAUUUCUGGCUACUCUUUAGAGAGCAAAUCCUUUGCCAAUAUGCAUGUGAACGCAUUGUAACUACUACAACCAUCCAUUCAAAGCAUGCCCUUGCACUUUUACCAAGAACCACACCAGUCACUACCAAAACACAAAGAGAUAAACAAGAAUUAUCUAAUGCCACUGGAUGGGUGCCAGUAGUUUACUAUGAUGGAAUUAUAGUUGGAAAGCAAUUCAUAAUACAGUAGCUCUUGUACCCAGACUCGUAGGCAUCAUCUGGUGUAUCUGUGUUCCCCAAAGCUGAUGGUUUUCGUCAUAAUCUUGUAGUAUGUUUCCCAAAGGAACUGCAUUUAUGACAUGAGUUCUUCCCCCAAGUACCUCCACAGUAUUCCUCAUUUGUUUAAAAAAAAUCAGAAAUAUUAUACACAUCACCAACAACUAAUUAAUCUAAUUCCAGUAGUUUAAAUAGUGUUUCAUCACAAAUAGAGAGUUUGAAUUUAUUGCGAAGUGAAAUAUAGUCUAGAAGGGCACCGGCAAGAAGUACUACUUCUGUCUUCUUCAGGAUCUUCCUGGGCUACAGAGAACUGAAAAAAGCAGAGAGCAUUUACAACAGAAAUUUUCCACUUAUCUUUUAAAGUGGUUCAGCACUUUCAAACUAUGCCAAAGGGAAUAAAUAGCACUCAGCAGGUAAUCUACCUUAAAGGGACACAACAAAGCAAUUUUUUUAGCAUUGCUGGAUACAUAAUGCUACAGAAGAGGAUGCUCUUUAUAGCCACUUGCUAUGAAGAACAAAGUCUUCACACAAAAGUGCACAGAAGUGCUGUCAUUUGUUGUCAGAAUGGUCUGAUGGCUAAGAGAAAAGACUGAGCCUUAAAACAGUUCCUUCACAUUUUUGAUAAUAAACAGUUCUAGAGCUGUUAAUCACUUAAGGCUUAUCUUUACAAAUGAAUUAAUUUUGAGAAGGACUAAUUUUUAAGCCAUAAUUCUUGAGUGAAUUUUUUUUUGUGUUAGGUACUCCUAAAGUACAUGAUCACCUGUAACUUUGGCAUCGUUCUGUGGAUUUCAUUAUUGCACCUUCAGUAACAAAGAGAAAUACAAAAUCAGAUUUAGAAGUCCAAAUAAGGCAGUCGCCCCCAUAAAGCUUUGCCUAAAACUGAAACACUAACAUUGCUGGGAGUGGCAAAGGAAAGGAAAUCCAGGACAAGAAGGAUAAUUUUGUCAAUUACAGUUCCUUUAGUAAGAGUACAGUGCAACAACAUCAACCAAAAUACAGCUACUUGUACACAAUACAAAAAUAAAGUUUAUACUAGGAACUAUGUAUUGAGCUUAAAGAGUGAUGUAUAACAUUUUCUCUUAAAUAAUAUGGUCAGGUACACUCAGCCAAAUGGAUGUGCUAACACACUCUCUUUGAAGACAAACACAUGAAGAGCAGUUUCUUAGUUCAGUGUAUCGAUAUAUCAUACCUCAGCUAGGAUUUGAGAGCAAGCUAAGUCUUUCAAGUUUUCCCUUUGCUACUGUUCUUUAUCCAUAGCACAGCAGUUCUACAAUCAAAUGGUGAGUUGAAUUUUUUAUAGUGGCAUUUACUAGCAGAUACAGAAAAGUAUUAUUCACAACCAGCCUAAGGCACCGUAGUUUCUACAACAGACUCAAGACAUUAUAAGCAAAAAUCAAUUUUAAAGGCAGCUAUGAGUGUUUAGCUACAGUACCAUGAUGAACAACAGUCUAAUGUUGACAACAUUCUCUGUUGACCAGUGUGGCUUCUGUUUAUUCUCUACAAGGAGUAGUAAAAUAUAGGAUUUUAAUUUUACUACAAUCUGAAGAAUGCAUAAACGCUUAGCAAAAAAAAAUCCCCUUUUAUCUCUCCUUUUAAAAAUUCCAAUCAUCAAUCUUGCAAGACAAUUCUUUUACAGACGUUUUAGAAAUACAGUUUCCAACACGUUAUACAGUAAAAAACCCACUAAAUUAUUUCUCUUCUCCUUUAAAAGAAAGUAUAUUGUCCCAUGUUCCUCUCUCCCAAAUGUAUUGUAUCUGCCUCUGUUAUCAACACCACUGGUGAACAAUGCAUUUAAGCAAAAUCAAGUUUUCUCCUGAAGUCCUAAAGAGCAAACUUGAACCCUUGAUUUCCUCAAGGCAUCUUCCCUAAUAAUAGCCCAUGAUACUGACUAGAAUUAGAAGCAAUAUGAAAUGAAACUAUCAUCUUGACAGCACCUGCCACAAAGACCGAAACAGCUGCCUUGCUAAAACUGCUUUAAAUUCUAGAGUGAAAAGCGGGAUUAGAAUAGGACAAAGAGUAAAUUCAUAAAAUUUCACUACAGAAAUUGUGCGUUCCAUAUUGAACAUCAUAGUUCAAACAGAGAAUCACAGCUGAGACAUAUGUAAAGAAGUACUUUGAAUUUCAGAAUAUGUCCCAGACACAUCACAUGAUGUGUCAAAAAGUUAUGAUUGUGACAGCCACUGUAGCUAACCUGCUUCCAUUCCCCAAGGGAUAGAAAAAUUCAGAGGAAAAGAAGACUAGGUAUUGAAUUGCACACUACAUACUUUUUUCAAAGUAUUUUUCAAAUUACCGUCAACUCUCACCGUACUCCUUCCACUUUUCUAUCACAGAAUAGUUAGGGUUGUAAGGGACCUUCAGAGAUCAUGUAGUGCAACCCUCACUUGUAUCCCCACAUUUCAGAGUAGGACUUCCUGCAACUACUUAUAAAAAAUAACCAAUAUUCUUAAUAAUGUUGAUACAUUAUGUAAUAAAUCCCCAAAGGUUUUCAUUGGUGUAUCUAUCUACUUGGUCUGCCAAAACCUUAGCUCUUACCUGCACUUAGUGCAGAGUGUUGAUGAGAUUCUUCUGUGCCUUACAAUAAUGCCAACCUUGAAGUCAGACACUUUAUUGACAGUGCAGUGAAUAACCUCAAGAUUUUCCUAUGAAAAAUACCAGCAGCACAUAAAAUGCAAAUUUGUGUCUCACUACCUAUUUUCCUUUAAGGCGCAAAAAGCAGCAGUCUUGUCAUAUUGUUUCUGCAUCUUUUACGCCUGAAUCUUUCACACUUAUACUCAUUAUCACCUUUCACACUUUUACUCAUUUUUUGAAAUUAAGUGAAACACCUUUUAAGAAUUAAACCACACAAUCAUGAGUUGUCAUAUGUUCAGUCAAGUGUGAAGAAAUAUAGAUCAGAUUCUAGGAACACAAUGAGCAACAGUGAUUUCUUCCAUUUCAAAUACACUUAAAAUAAAUAAUUUCAAUUAAAGUAACAGCUUCAACCAUAACAGCUGUGUAUCAUAUAAAAAAACCAAUAACUAUAGGGAAUUAAUCUUGCUAUUGUUAUCUAAUCAUAUCUAACCAUAGGAAUUUUCUGAGUCAAUCAAUAACAACAUUUUCUAAGCUAAAACUCAGAUCUGAGAAUGACAUAGAAAAUGGGACAAGAACAUUAUGUUAAGAACAGACAUUCUUCAUUAAACGAGCUAAUCACACCUCAUGCUUACAAUUACUUUGGUCAUGUUCUAAACGUGCUCAGAUCUCCAAAGACCUGGUAAAAUUAACCAAAUAAAACUGAAGUCAUCUUGUAUGGUUGGUUCUGAUCUCAGUCACCUAACAGACAUAUGAUACCAAAGUAUCUAUGAGGGUAGUGCAAAUACAAAAGCUCCAUGACAGGGGAUAAAUUAAGAAAAAAGAAAGAAAGGAAAUUAAAAAAAAAAA